CUGCGCGACCAACUCAUCGCUGCUCAAAACAACCAUGCCCUUCCUCAACCACAGCAACCUCAACACCAUGCGCAGCCUACCAACUCCUACCCCGCUCACCAGUCUCACCAACAACCUCAACACCAUCAUCACCACGAUCCAGUCAUGGCCAUCCAACCAUAUGGCAUGACCCAUGACAGUCCUGAUCUGAGCCAUCCUCAUGCCGACCCCGCCGAUGCCAAUGCACAAGGUCCUGCUGCUGGAAAGAAGGGACGAGCCCAGCGCGAGCUUUCUAACACAAAGCGUGCUGCUCAGAACCGUGCCGCCCAGCGUGCCUUCCGUUUGCGCAAGGAGCAGCACAUCAACAAGCUUGAAGAUGACCUGAAGCAAUAUCUAGUCAUGGAGGAGAACUUCAAGACUCUCCAGCAUGAGAACUUGGCUUUGAGAAACUAUAUCUCUCUUUUGCAGUCCAAGAUGACGGAUCAGAACAUUGAGUUCCCGCCUGCCCCUGAGCAGGGCCCUAUGCGAUCUGCCUCAAUCUCGGACAACCAGCCUUUGCACCAGCAUCAGGAACAAGAACCUGUCUAUCAACCUGUGCCCGACCAGCAACCUGCUCAGCAUGAUCAGCACAGUCAUGGCCCAUCGCCUAAUGUCUAUCCUCAAUCCACUCCUGAUCAGCAUCACCACCAACACGAGCCUCCUGCCAAUGCUCAGCCUACCCACCACGAGCCUCCCAUCAGCUCCAGGCCGCUGCCGCUCAAGCAGGUAGUAUCGAUCGUCCACGUUCUCCACCUCAAGCACAGCAUGAUCAUCAUCAGCAAUCUCAUCCUCAGGACCCUCAAUACGUGCGCGCCAGUGAGUAUCCUGCUCACAAACGUCCUAGACUUGAUUCACCUUCACAUCAGACGCAAUGCGUUCGGCGACUCGCCAGACGGAUUCGUUGAUCUGACCCACUUGAAUCAGAAGUCAGAGUCUUCCAUCAACUUCGAUGAGCUAUUUGGCGAGGAUGUUCCAGACGAAGGCUGCGGAAUCGGCUUGCCUUCAGGUGCUUUGGCAAUCAACGAUCAGUGUGAAUCACUGGCUAACUGGGAUUUU